AUGGCGCUGCACAGCUACAACUGGUCCUCAUCUAUCGGCCUCCCAAACCCUCCACCAGCUUCCUCCCUGAGCUCACUGAGCUGCUUGCUGCUGUCUGCCCCAUGUCCCCAUCGACCAUCUUACUGGGCGACUUCAACAUCCACGUGGAUAACAGCAAUUGCUCUUUUGCGGCCGACUUUUUGUCACUUCUGGACUGUUUGUAACAUCACUCAGCAUGUGCAGGGCCCCACCCACAACAAAGGACACACCCUCGACCUGGUAUGCAGCAUUGGCACACCCCCGCUACACCUCGAGUGCACUGACCUGGCCAUAUCAGACCAUCGUACAAUUCUGUUCACCGUCAACGUACCCUAUCGCAGACAACACUGUUCCCGAACCAUCACCUUUCGUAACAUCAAGAACGUGUCUCUGCCUCUGCUCUCUCAAACCCUAGAGACCCAUCUUGUAGCUCCUGACUCUGCCUCCUCAGUGGACACCCUGGUGGAACACUACAACACUGCACUCGCCACUAGCCUGGAUGUCGUGGCACCCAUUACCACCCGAUCAGUCUCUUUUUCCCAACCUGCUCCCUGGUUUACAUCUGAGCUCCGCCUCAUGAAGCAAGCCGGGCGUCAGCUAGAGCGACGGCACAAAAAAACCGGCCUCACUGUCCACCUGGAGGCCUAUAGGGACCACGUCAGGAGCUACAAGCAGGCCCUCUCUACAGCCAAAACACAAUAUUUCUCCACUCUAAUCAACAACCAACAGAACCAUCCCAGAAUGCUCUUCUCCACAAUUAACCGCCUUCUCCGCCCUCCCCAAACACCCCAACCAUCGGAUGCUGCUGAGUUGUGCUCCAGCUUUCAGGACUUUUUCACACGUAAAGUCGACACCAUCCACCAGCAGCUCCUAGCUCCACCCCAGCACCACGAGGACGAGCCACCUGACACCCACCAGCCAUGGCAGGACAUUGCCAUCCCCGCUGCC